CGGCCGCACGUCCGGAGCGGGGCGGGACGGGGCCAGGAGCGGGAGCGGCGCUGUCAGACCGUGGCUCGGAGCGGUGCGGAGCGGCUCGGUUCGGCUCGGGAUGGCGGUGGCGGAUCCGGAGGCGCGUCUGUCGCAGGAGAAGGAGGAGGAGAGCGAGGAGGAGAGCGAGGUGCUGGAGGAGAGUCCCUGCGGCCGCUGGCACAAGCGCCGCGAGCAGGUGAACCAGGGGAACAUGCCUGGCAUCCAGAGCACCUUCCUGGCCAUGGACACGGAGGAGGGCGUGGAGGUGGUGUGGAACGAGCUGCUCUUCACUGACAAGAAGGCCUUCAAAGCACACGAGGAGAAGAUCAAGACCAUGUUUGAGCAGCUGGUGCUCGUGGAUCACCCCAACAUUGUGAAGCUUCACAAGUACUGGCUGGAUGUGAAAGACUCGAAGGCUCGGGUCAUCUUCAUCACAGAAUACGUGUCCUCAGGGAGCCUGAAGCAGUUCCUGAAGAAAACCAAGAAGAACCACAAGGCCAUGAAUGCCAGGGCCUGGAAGCGCUGGUGCACCCAGAUCCUGUCUGCUCUCAGCUUCCUGCACUCCUGUGAGCCACCCAUCAUCCACGGCAACCUCACCAGCGACACCAUCUUCAUCCAGCACAACGGCCUCAUAAAGAUCGGCUCAGUCUGGCACAGGGUGUUUGCCAAUGCUCUCCCGGAUGACCUGCGGAGCCCCAUCAGGAUCGAGAGGGAGGAGCUGCGCAACCUCCACUUCUUCCCACCGGAAUACGGCCAAAAGACAGACGGGACAGCCGUGGACAUCUUCUCCUUUGGGAUGUGCGCACUGGAGAUGGCCGUGCUGGAGAUCCAGACCAACGGGGACACACGGGUCUCGGAGGAGGCCAUCAUGCGGGCCCGGCAUUCCUUGGAUGAUCCCAACAUGCGGGAGUUCAUCCUGUCAUGCUUGACUCUCAACCCAGACAAGCGACCAACUGCAAAUAACCUGCUCUUCCACCGGGUGCUCUUUGAGGUCCAUUCCCUCAAGCUGCUGGCAGCUCAUUGCUUCAUCAACAACCAGUACCUGAUGCCAGAGAACGUGGUGGAGGAGAAGAUAAAGGACCUGGACCUGAAUAUGGUGAUGGCAGAGAUCCGGAGAGAGGGUCGGCCCGGAGCGCAGUGGAGGUACUCGGAGGUUUCCUUCCUCGAACUCGACAAGUUCCUAGAGGAUGUCAGGAAUGGGAUUUACCCCCUGAUGAACUUCGCUGUUUCCAGACCCCAUGCCCUCCCGCGUGCCCUCUCCCAGCCCCAGGAGGACCCUCAGAAAGCCAAGACUCCCACCCCAGAGCCCUUUGAUGUGGAGACCAGGAAGGUGGUGCAAAUGCAAUGUAACAUGGAGCUGAAUGAAGACAAGACCCAGUGGCAUCUCACUCUCCUGCUCAUCCUGGAGGACAGGCUGCAUCGGCAGCUGAGCUACGACCUGCUGCCCACUGAUAACUCCAAGGACUUGGCCACGGAGCUGGUGCAUUACGGAUUUAUCCACGAGGAUGACUGUGAGAAGCUGGCAAACUUCCUGGAAAACGCCUUCCACAAGUACCGCUCUCCUCUGCUGUGAGGGGCCCUGGAGCAGGGCGGCGGGGCAGCGCGGGGCCCCCGGCCAUCGGAUGGACACGGGGGCUGCGGCAGUCCCCGGGGUGUGCGCCUGAGCUGCCUGUGAUCACAGCCAGCGGAGGAGUCACCAGCACACACCAAGUCACCCGUGCAUCAGGAGAGCUCGGGACCAAGCAGGAAUCAUGGCCUGGUCCCCACUCCUGAAGCAGCGAAGCCAAAGGGAGUUGUAAGGUGGGGGAGUCCCUUCCCAUUGCAAAACUGCUGCUAGAAUCUCCCAAAGUAAUCCAUUGUCCUCUGGGAAUGAUAAGCUUUUGUUACUGCAGGUCUCAAAGCUAUCUUCUUCCUCUUUGCUGGCUGGGAGCACUUGGAGAAGGGAGGAGAGGGACAGGCUUGGAAAGCUCAGGCGCAGUUUCCCAUCUGCUACAUUCCAUUCUUUAUACCCAGCUUCUCCCAGUUUAUUCAGGCUUUCCCAGCACUGUAAUGCCUGGUCAGAAGAAUUGCAGACCUUGGUGUAAGCCAGAGGACUUUGUGAGCUGGACUUGAGCUGGCAUGCGAAGAAGGUCCAGAAAUCCAAACCCAUCAGUUGGAUCAGCAGAAGCCUCACUGGUGCUGAACAUAACCUUUGUCAUUCCCCAGUUUGUCUUACGGCCUUCCAAAGUCUCAUGGCACCUUAAGGGGAAAACCCCUGAUGGCUCUUCCUUCCCUGUCUCUCCUGUGGUGGUUGGAACUUCAGUCAUUAGCCUGGAGAAAGGGGCGACCACCUCAGGUGCUGCACACAGUGGGUUCAGUUGGUGAUUUGUGUUGCAAAAGCCAUGCAGUGCUGCUCCAUUGCUUUAUGCUGCUCACGCUGUGCCAUGUGAAACCAGCUCUAUCUUCUUGUGGGUGUUGUGCCUGUGCUGGUGCUGUGCCCGUGCCAGUGCUAUGCCUGGGCUGGUGUUGUGUCUGUGCUGGUGUUGCGCCCAUGCAGGUGUUGUGCUCGUGCUGGUGCUGUGCCUUUGCCAGUGUUGUGCAGAUGCUGGUGCUGUGCCCACGUGGGUGUUGUGCCCGUGCAGGUGCUGUGCUGGUGCUGUGCCCAUGCUGGUACUGUGCCUGUGCCAGUGCUGUGCCCAUGCCGGUGCUGUGCCCAUGCUGGUGUUGUGCCCCUGCAGGUGCUGUGCCCAUGCUGGUGCUGUGCCUGUGCCGGGUCUGCCCUGCGCUACGCUGCCUGCACAUUGUGGUGUGCACCAGCUCUGUGGGCUGGCUCUGCUGUGCCAGGACAUGAUGCUGAGCUGCUGACCCUUGCUGCGCUGUGCCACCAUCACAAGCUGACAAAUCAAUAAAGCCUCAAAGCAGCUCAUCAGAGCUCUCCAGCA